CGUCAGUAGGAUCCUGCAGUGCGCAGAGGCGGCAGCAGCUGAACCAGAAAGAGAAACCUGCAGCAAAACACAACACAAGUGCACAACUUCAGAACCAUGGCUGUGCCGGCACCAUUUCUGGUGUUAUGUGCCUGUGUUUUUGGGUUUUACCGUGUGGAAGCAGCAUCAGACACCAUGAGCUCUCUGGAUUCCUCUUUUUGCCAUGGCGGUCUAGAGGUGAUCUAUCCGGGGCUGGACAUCGACAAAUGCCUCAUAAUUCCAAAGGAUGGGAAACUCAGAAAGAUGAUCAGCACAGUUUGGAAAGCCCCACAGAUUUACUUCUCUGCAGCACAUAAGAAAAAGAUGUAUGUUCUGGUGAUGGUUGAUCCUGAUGCUCCAAGUCGCACCAAACCAACAUCUGCUCACUGGAGGCACUGGUUGGUCGUGGACCUAAAGGGCAGUGCACUCAAGAAAGGACAGAUGCAAGGGGAAACCCUCACUGACUAUCAUCCUCCAACUCCACCACAGAAGUCCGGUUUUCACCGCUACCAGUUCAUGUUGUUUGAGCAGCUGCCAGACACACCAGUGUCACUCACCAAGCGGGAGAAGUCAGCCCGUGGUAAAUGGGAUCUAGAGGCCUUCAUCGAAAGGUUCAAUCUGGGAGCGCCUGUGGCCACUUUGCAGUUUCUCACCCAAAACUACAAAGACUGAAAGAUGCUCAGACGCCUCAAAGAUGUCCUGGAAGAAGAAUCUUUCACUACAAUAAUAUAUAAUAAGAUGUUUCUCCACUUACUCUGAAUAAAGCUGCAUAAAUUCUUCAAAGGCUGCAGCAGGUCAGCUCUCUUUGUCUCUAUCUUAUCACUGUGUUAGAAAGAGAUUUCCUCUUUGUGUUACACCAGCUGCUAGGUUUUGAUGUUGCCCUGUAUCUCUGUCACGUGCUCUGUAACCGAGGAUUUGGGAGAUAGAUUUUGACCUCACUGGGGAUUUCUUAUUAGUUUCCGAACACUGUCUACAAGAGAAGGAAGACGGCCUGAUAUCACAACUCAGUGUGGAAAGAGUUGAUUCUAAUUCAGGGGCGGAAACACGUCAGGGCCAAAAAAAGGAAGUGGGAGGUGAAACCGAGACCGCAAUACAGCCGGAUGCCGCAGUGGAACUUGAACUAAAAUACUCUUCAGAGUGACAGGACAGGGGGGAGGGGCUGCAGAGCCUGUGGUGUAUCGGGUAAAGGGAACUUGCUGUUUGUGUAAUUGUUUAUCAUAUUUCCAUUGACCACUCUUACCCCAGUUGGAAACAUUGAGCUACUUUCAGGUCCUUGAUU